CACUAUUUAAAAACACUGAUCACUUCUCUCAGCUCACAAACAAAGUUCUUGAGAGACACACAGACACACACACAGAGAGUUUUCUUACAGAGGAACAAAAAAAAAAAAAGACUGUUGGUUUUUUGGUAGGGUGUGAAAGAUGUCAAAGGAAGUUAGUGAAGAGGGGCAAGGCCGCAAGGACUACGUGGACCCACCACCGGCACCACUCAUCGACUAUGCAGAGAUCAAGCUAUGGUCUUUUUACAGAGCUCUCAUAGCUGAGUUCGUAGCCACCCUCCUCUUCCUCUACAUCACAGUAGCCACUGUUAUUGGGUACAAGAAAACUGCAGAUCCCUGUGGUGGUGUUGGUCUCUUGGGUAUUGCAUGGGCCUUUGGUGGCAUGAUCUUCAUCCUUGUCUACUGCACUGCUGGAAUCUCUGGUGGCCAUAUCAACCCGGCUGUGACGUUUGGGCUUUUCUUGGCUCGCAAGGUGUCCCUCAUUAGGGCUGUGUCUUACAUGAUUGCACAGUGCUUGGGAGCUAUCUGUGGUGUUGGGUUGGUUAAGGCUUUCAUGAAGUCCUUCUACGACGCUAAUGGUGGUGGUGCUAACCUUGUGGCUUCUGGUUACAACAAGGGCACAGCUUUGGGUGCUGAGAUCAUUGGCACCUUUGUACUUGUCUACACUGUUUUCUCAGCCACUGAUCCAAAGAGAAGCGCACGCGACUCACACGUGCCUGUUUUGGCUCCACUUCCUAUUGGGUUUGCUGUGUUCAUGGUACACUUGGCCACCAUCCCCAUCACUGGUACUGGUAUUAACCCAGCUAGGAGUUUUGGGGCUGCUGUGAUCUACAACAACGAAAAAGUUUGGGAUGAGCAUUGGAUCUUCUGGGUUGGUCCAUUUGUUGGAGCACUAGCAGCAGCAGCUUAUCACCAGUACAUAUUGAGAGCAGCUGCAAUUAAAGCUUUGGGAUCCUUCCGUAGCAACCCCACCAACUAGAGAGAGAAAACAAAACCCAUCUUGAAAGAAAAGAAAAAAAGAUGUUUAAUUAUGUUCUCAUUUCUCUUUUCCUCUUCCCCACUCUAUUUGUUUCUUUGUGUGUAAUGAGAGGAUGUGGAUGAUGAUGACUUUUUCUUGUUAAAUUGUUAAUUUCUUUUUUUAACUUUAAUCUUUUUGUUGGUAGCUUUGGAUCUGUAUUAUUGUUCAUGAUUAGUGAUGGUGUUGCUUCUUUUUAAA